AAAUCAGCCUAAUUGGAUAUGGAAGGAAACCCUAGUUCAGUCUUCUCUUCACCUUCAACUUCCAGUUCCAGCUCGGUGACUCAGUCUUCAUCUUCGAGCUCCUCUUCAUCGGAUUCCUCUUCAUCUUCUAGCUCAAUCACCGGCUCCUCUUCAUCGGCAGUCACCAGAUUCCUCUUCAUCUUCAUUCUUCUCUGCUUAGUGACUUCAGUCGGCUCUUCUCCUUCGAGCUUGAGCACAGUUGAUUCCUCUUCUCCUUCGAGAGGCGGAGUCCAGACUAGCAUGGUCUUCCGAGAUCUCGUCAAGAUGAUUUUAUCAGGCAAGGAGGGUUUUGGAGACUCAUGGAAUGCUGUGCGGGAAAAAUUGCUUUGGAUGUACAAAGAAGCUCUUUCAUCUGAUUCCGCGCGUCUCGUCCAAAUGAUUGAGCUUAUUCAGGAUGAACUGCUCUUGGAGGACAUUGAGAAGUGCAGAGCUCUCGAUAAUAAGGAGAUUCCAUCACCGCUUGAUGCUUUCCAGAAACUUCUUUUUGAAUCAGCGCCAGAGACUGAGUCGACUUCAAAGAUGUUGCUCACAAAGACGACAGUUAAUGCUUGCAUGAGGGACAUGUACCAUUAUGCUCGAGUUUGUAGAUUUCAUGUGCUGGAAUGUAUCAUGGAUGCAGCAUUGUCGGCUGUAAAGAAGCAAGACAUUGAAGAAGCUAGCAAUGUACGUGUGCAGCAUUAUCUUUAGCUGCAUAUGUGAGUGCUGAAAUAAUAGCUUUUGCUCUAGUCAACCAAAUCCUUCACUAAAUUCUUUGUAUCUUACACAUCUCACUUUCCUUUACAUAUGAGUCAUUUGCAAUUAGAUGCAAAUAGUUUUUUUCUUGUAUUUUUUGGACACAUUAAUUAUUAUCUGAUAUUUAUUACUAUUUUCUUGUA